UAGAUCUCCACACGAUAUAAUCAUGAUACUAGAAUUCACACGGUGGAAGUUUGCACACGUCUUGUAUCAUUUCGUAUAAAAGGAGUAACUUUCGACUCCUGGCUAUACACUGAAGACUCGAAUUAAUAAGCUGUUUCACGAAGAUCGCAAGAUACUACAUACACGUCAAUAUGACCGAGACUAAAGCUGUUUUCUGUGACAAGUGUCAUGAUGGGAAAUGCAGUUGUACAGGUGAAGACUGCUGCAGCACCAGUUGCAGAUGUUCAGUGUGUAAGGACAACCAAACAAGCUUCUCGGUAAAGGGUGCUAUCUGUCCUGAUGGAUUCUGUAAGGUUGGACAGGAGUGUGAGUGUGGCGACUCCUGUAAGUGUAGUGACGGAUGUCGGUGCCCGAAAUGUAAGGCCGGAUGCAAAUGUGCAGGUGCCAACUUUGUUUGCUCCAAAGAAUGCAUGUCUGGGAAAUGUUGCGGAACCAGCGACUGCCAGUGCGACGGCAAGUGUUCAUGCCCGAAGUGCAAGUGCAAGUGCGCUUCAGCUGUGUACUGCUCCAAGUGUACCGGGGGUAAGUGUGGCUGUACUGGUUCUGGCUGCUGUACCAAGAACUGUAGAUGUCCCGGAUGCAAGGUCGGCUGUGGAUGCUUCCCAGCGAAAGGCGGAUCCUGCCCUGAUGGAAAGUGUCAGGUCGGACUCGCUUGCCAAUGUGGAGACUCCUGUACAUGCAGCGACGGAUGCAAGUGCUCUGUCUGCAAGGCCGGAUGUAAAUGUGGAGGCGCCAACGUUGUGUGCUCCAUGAACUGCCACUCAGGAAAAUGCUGUGGAACUAGCGCCUGUCGUUGUAGUUGCAAUUCUGCUGCCGUGUUCUGUGCCAAGUGUCCAGGGGGAAGGUGUGGCUGUACUGGUUCCGGUUGUUGUACCAACAACUGCAGAUGUCCCGGAUGUAAGGUCAACUGUGGAUGCUGUUCUGCGAAGAAAGCCACCUGCCCUGAUGGAGUUUGUCAUAUUGGACGAGAGUGUGGAUGUGGCUGCAAGUGCAGUGACGCAUGCAAGUGUCCUUCCUGUAAGGGUGGCUGCAAAUGCGGAGGCGCCAACUUCGCGUGCUCCGUGGACUGUGUGUCGGGACAUUGUUGCGGAAAGAGCGCCUGCCAGUGCAACGGCAAAUGCGCAUGCCCAAGGUGCAGGUGCAACUGUAAAUCCGGGACUUGUACCUGUGGUGCAGGCUGUACUGGACCAAGCACCUGCAAAUGUGGUGCUGGCUGCACUUGUAAGCAGUAAGGGAUGACGCCAUGGAAAACAAUUUGACCCACCAUUUUCCGGCAUUUACAAAGACACUUUUGUUUAUAAAUUCGUUAUCCAAGGACUUAAUUUCAGUACUAAUUAUAAAUAUUCUAUCAACUUUGAUUAUCAUGUGAUUGCCAGCUAGUAGACUCAUUAUUCAAUUAUUGCCUUGUCCUGUUGGAGCUCGUCAUUAAUACAAAAGUGUGUAAAUAUGUUAUUGUUUAUUAUCUAUAUUAGUUACGAUUCUGCUGUCGACAAAGUUUAAGUUUAAGAAGAAACGCUCAGUCUUAUUUUUAAUCUUAAACUUGACGGUUUGAAUAUAUAUCCAGUAUUAUCCAUACAUAUUUAGAGAAUAUAUAGGAAAUAUAUGUGAACUUGUAACAUCUUCCAUCGCCUUGUACUGUUGGAGCUCGUCAUUAAUACAAAAGUGUGUAAAUAUGUUUAUUAUCUAUAUUAGUUACGAAUUGUGUAUAUGACUUCUGCUGUCGACAAAGUUUAAGUUUAAGAAGAAACGCUCAGUCUUAUUUUUAAUCUUAAACUUGACGGUUUGAAUAUCUAUCCGGUAUUAUCUAUAAAUAUGUAGAUAAUACAUGUAUAUAGGAAAUAUAUGUGAACUUAUAACAUCUUCCACAGAGUUUAAGAAGCUUACAAUUUAGAGUUUAAAUUUAAAACUUGUGCUGCGUUCUGAAAUAAAUAUCUCAAUAGAAAUAC